AUGGACCGCACCUUGGACGAGAUCAUUGCCGAGCGUCCUCAGAGACAAUCCCAGAACCAAAACCGUGGUGGUCGCCGCCCUCAGGGCCGUCGCCGUGAUGGCGUGAAAAAGUCCUAUAGAGAGGAUCGACCUGAUUUAGAUCUUGAUUGGGUCCACGACAAGUACGAAGAUGAUCGAGAGGCUCGCCCGUCCCGUGGUCAGAGACGUACGAGAGGUGAUCGUUACUCGCCAGAUCCUGACCGUAUCUCUGCAUUAACGAAGAUUCGUGUCGAGAACCUCCACUACGACAUCACAGAAACUGAUCUCGAGGACCUAUUCACUCGAAUCGGACCCAUCCUCGACCUCUCCCUGGUGUACGACCGCGCCGGCCGCUCCGAAGGCGUCGCCUACGUAACCUACAACCGCCUCAGCGACGCCAAAACCGCAAUUGGCGAAUUUGACGGCGCAAACGCAAAAGGCCAACCCAUCCGCCUCACACUCGUUCCCGGUGGCGGAGGCAGAGGAAGACAGGACCGCAAUCCUUUCGACAAUGUGGAGAGACCGCGAGGCAGUCUUCUCGACCGCGUCGAACGGCCCCGGGAUUCUCGCAGUUUGAGCCCGGAGGGCGCCGAGGGCGGACGACGCCGGCGCGGCCGUGGCGGUGCUGGGGCUGGACCUGCUGGUCGUCGCAGUGACGUCUCCAAGCCACCGCCGGAGCACAUCGAUCGCUACGUCCCCGGCCAAGGCCGACGAUCGCCGACACGCAGGAAUGGAGGGGAUGGCCGGCGACGUGGAGGAGGUCGUCGCGAGGACGGGAACAAGACGGCUAAUGGCAGGCCUCGCAAGACGCAGGAGGAGCUUGACCAGGAGAUGGAGGAUUAUUGGGGCGGUUCCGCGAAUGCUGGAGCCGGGGCUGCGGAUCAGGAGGCUGCUCAAGAUGAGCCGCAGCAGGUUGCGCCUGCUACUACGGCUGCUGCUGGGGAUGACGACGUGGAUAUGAUUGAGUAG